CCGCGAUGAAUCCGGCCCUGGGCAACCAGACCGAUGUGGCCGGCCUGUUCCUAGCCAACAGCAGUGAGGCGCUGGAGCGCGCCGUGCGCUGCUGCACCCAGGCAUCCGUGGUGACCGACGACGGCUUCGCGGAGGGCGGCCCGGACGAGCGUAGCCUGUAUAUCAUGCGCGUGGUGCAGAUCGCCGUCAUGUGCGUGCUCUCGCUCACCGUGGUCUUCGGUAUCUUCUUCCUUGGCUGCAACCUCCUCAUCAAGUCCGAGGGCAUGAUCAACUUCCUAGUGAAGGACCGGAGACCGUCUAAGGAGGUGGAGGCGGUGGUCGUGGGGCCCUACUGA